GCUUUACGACAGGCCCUAAGGCCCCUCGCGGGCUUUACGACAGGGCUCUGGUGCCGUACGGCGAGUCGGGGACGGCGGGGCCCCGAGCCGUGUCCGGUCCGGCCGUUUCCCGCCCGCAGUAGCGGGGCUCCGCCGGGUCAGUCAUGGUGAGGGCGGCUCCGGAUCCCUCCGUCCAGGCUAGUACUGUGAUAGCGGUUGGUCUGACAAUAGCUGCUGCUGGAUUUGCAGGUCGUUAUGCAUUACAAGCUAUGAAGCAAAUGGAACCACAAGUAAAACAAGCCCUUCAGAAUCUGCCAAAAUCUGCCUUCAGUGGUUAUUACAGAGGUGGAUUUGAUCCCAAAAUGACCAAACGAGAAGCAGCUUUAAUAUUAGGAGUGAGUCCUACAGCCAAUAAAGGUAAAAUUCGGGAGGCUCACAGACGGAUCAUGCUUUUGAAUCAUCCAGAUAAAGGUGGUUCUCCCUAUGUGGCAGCCAAAAUCAAUGAAGCUAAAGAUUUACUGGAAGGCCAAGCUAAGAAGUGAAUCUGGAUAUUUAGUUUAUGUAUAUGAAUAUCAGUUUUGAUAACUGACCCAAGGAAAAGUUGACACCAAUCUUUUUUACUUGAUCAAUGAUUAAACUAAUGCAGGGAACCCUCUUCCCCCCCCCCAUCUUGGUUGCAUCAUGUAUAUCUUGUUUUGGGGAGGGUGGGGGCUUACAAAUAGUACUUUUCCAAAAGUGAUUCUAAGCCACUAUCUCUAGAAGUGGUACAAUUUACCUCUAAUUCAAAGUAUUUUUCCUAGGAUGACAUGGGAAAUACUGUGAUUUGGUCUGGCUAAUCUAUAUUCAGACAAACAGCUUGACAGUCUUGAGCACUCUGAAAAUGUUGAAGUUCUGUUUAACCAGGUACAUCUGUUUGGAAUUCAUGCUGCUAUGGCUUAAUAUCCCAAAGUUAGCAAGAUGAUACUAAUAAGAGAAAAGGCUGGGUUGAAACUACCCAAGGAAAAUCAUGGGGAUUUAUUUGCACAAUAGGAAUAAAGCAUUUAGAAAUUCUUGGUUACAUUAAUGCGACAUGUAAAAUGGAGAAAGUGGAAUGUACUGAAUUCUCUUGUAAGAUAACUUGUAUUAACUUUCAAAAACAAGUUGGACAUAGUCAGUGCUAUUGAUUGGUCUCCAUGUAUUUUUUUACUUAUUUCUACACUGGUUUUCAUUAUUUUUACUGAUUCCACUGCGUUUAAAUAAAAUGACAAACUUAUACUUCUA